ACAUGCAUAUCGCUCGUUUACUUGUACUUUGUCUUAGCGGGCACCACUGAACACUACACGGAUCUCGAAGAACCAACAGUCAGGAUACAUCGUUACAUUGCAAAUGACGGAUAUACACUAAGUUAUCUCAUCGGAUGUACAGUGGAUGCGGACAUUGCGAGUAAUCUGUAUUUGCGGCCAGAUAUCUAGCAGUUUGGGGGAUUGAACUUUCACCGGCCAUGGACAGGUUUAAGCUGGUUAUCGUCGGUGACGGUGGCUCGGGAAAGACGUGCCUCUUGACGGUGUUCUGCAACAACGACUUCCCCAAGGUGUACGUGCCCACAAUUUUUGAAAACAGUAUCAGCUCCAUCACCGUUGACAAUAAAGAGGUGGAACUCGAAUUAUGGGAUACCGCUGGACAAGAAGACUACGACAGACUGCGCCCUCUGUCCUACCAAAACAGUCACGUAAUUCUAGUCUGCUUCGCCUUUGACUCCCCGGACAGCCUGCAGAAUGUGGCGGAAAAAUGGAAACCGGAAAUCAACCAUUAUAUGCCCAAAGUACCCAUCAUUUUAGUCGGAAACAAAAGCGACCUGAUCCACGACAAAACGGUUAUAGCCAACCUGGCAAAAGCAGGGAGGGCACCUCUAACCGGGUCGGACGGAAGCAAGAUGGCGACCAAUCUGCAUUUCAGCGCUUUCUUGGCGUGUUCUGCAAAAACGAAAGACGGUGUGCACGAAGUGUUUCAAACAGCUGCACGUAUUGCAAUGCUAAACAAAUCGAGAAAGAUAUCAACCCCAUGUAUUUUAUUGUAGAUUGUAUAUAUAUCUUUUUUAAAA